AUGGGUUCGAUGCGGCUAGAUCUGAGUGGCAGGAUUUAUCCAGAACCGAUCGAUCACUUCGACAGGCUACCGGAUUCUCUUGUUCUCUUGAUCUUUAAUAGAAUUGGAGAUGUCAAGACUUUGGGCCGAUGCGGCGUCGUUUCUAGGCGAUUCCACUCGCUUGUUCCCCAGGUCGAUAAUGUCAUCGUCCGUGUUGAUUGCGUCAUCUCCGAUGAAGAUCCUGCAUCCUCCGCUGCUUCCUCGUCUGGCUCCUCUGCCGCCGAUAAGUCCCGCAACCCUGCCUCUUCUCUUUUUCGCUUCCUCUUCUCUGGUCUCUUUAAGCCGCUUCAGUCUUUAACCCAGCUUAUUACUUCUCCACCCCGCCGCCACUCACUUUCAUCAAAUUCGGAAGAUUUGAACCUUACUUCCAACCUGAACGGCGUGACUCACCAUUCCCCUACCCAGGUCUUAAAGAAUUUUAACGAAAUUAAGCUUCUCAGAAUUGAAUUACCUAGCGGGGAGCUUGGCAUUGAUGAAGGCACUUUGCUCAAGUGGAAGGCGGAUUUUGGGUCCACACUGGAUAAUUGCGUCAUUCUUGGAGCCUCCAGUGUAAGUCAGACUGCAAAAAGUUUCGAAUUUUCUGGUGCUUGUACUGUUAAUAAUGAUACUAACGGGAAUAAUAAUGGAGCUGAAAAUGAUAAUGGGAGCAUACCUGAAACAUUUUACACAAAUGGGGGCUUGAAAUUACGCGUGGUGUGGACAAUAAGCUCCUUGAUUGCAGCCUCUGCUAGGCAUUAUCUGCUUCAACCAAUUAUAGCAGAGCACGAGACGCUGAAGACCUUGGUUUUGACAGAUGCAGAUGAGCAGGGAGUGUUGUCUAUGAAUGAAGAGCAGUUGGAGGAGCUGAGGGUGAAACCUCUAUCGGUCUCCUCGGCUUCCAAGAGGACUCUGGUUCCAGCUCUGAACAUGCGGUUGUGGUAUGCUUCCCAUUUGGAAUUGCCCAAUGGGAUGGUACUGAAAGGAGCGACUUUAGUUGCCAUCAGGCCUAGUGAGCAGCUGAAGGAGGUGGUGGGCUCGGAAGGGAACUGGAUUGUGUCGGCUUUUGAGGAGCCGUUUGGGACAGCUGCGAGGAUGUUGGUGAAGAGGAGGACUUAUUGUCUGGAAAUGAACUCGUUCUGA